AUGACGACGUGCCGUCUGCUGUGCGCCCUGUUGGUGCUUGCCCUGUGCUGCUGCCCGUCCGUCUGUGCCGCGGCACCUGAAUUGCCUGAAGCUUCUUCCAAUAUAACCACGACGAAUAAAACUCAGCCUCCAAAUGAGGAUGCGGGUUUGUCAAGGCCGUUAAAUACGAUGCCUGUUGUGGAAGAGGAAGCAAUUGACGUCAAGGAACCAGUUCCGACCGGUCCGGAACAAAAAUCAGCUGAUGUGACCGUUAUCUUACAGGAAGAAGGUACGAACGAUACGACAGAGUCAAAAAGUGGCCAAAGUAUAUCCGAGGAACAAGCAGACAAGAACGCCGAAGCCCUUUCCAAGAGAACCACGACAACUACAACACGCGCACCAACGACAGCCACGACCACCACGACCGCUGCGCCAGCCACCACCACCGCCACACCGGAGGCUCCUACUACGACUACCACCCGGCCCACGCACCGUCACGUCCUCGCGAAAUCGACGGCAGCCUCAGCAGCUCUGCGUGGGUGUGUGCCCCGCUGCUGCUCGCCGUAUGCGCGCUGGCGUACGCCACUCUGGGCUGAAGAGGUGUGUGCGGGCUGUGCGUGCCAGCACUCAGCCACGGGGACAUGUGUACGUCUACUGUGGUCCGAUGUAUAA